AUGAGAGUGGCGGUUGCAGUGGAACGGCAGCGAUGGAGCGGCAGGGGAAACUUGACCGCGAGUUGGCUUUUGAUCAUGCUUCUGCUCGGAGUUACGGUGCUGGAACAAACAGCCAUUGAAGCGGUGCCCCUGACCCCCAGCAGCAGUACUGGCUCGCGAGUCGUCAACGAGGCAAACCGGGUUGCUACCACCGCUUGCCCCAAUGUCGCCUUUGACGUGAAAACCGAAUUCAGCGACGGUCACCUGCCCAAGGUGCAGAUUCAACUGGCCCAGCCCCCCGCCGUCCACGACCGCAAAAAACCUCAGGCCGAGGAAGACCGCAUCAUCUUUGGCACCAUGAUCACGGGCAAGGAUCGACUCCACGAGUUUCUGGCCGAAAAAUCCGCCUCGGCCUUUGCCGCUCAAGACUUUGCUCGCAAGGUUCUCAUUGUCGUCAACGACUCCCCCGACUACAGCAUCACCCACUACGACAUCCCCUGCGUCGUGGAAAUCUUUGUCGAGCCAAAAAAGUACAGCCUCGGCAAGCUGCGCAACAUUGCCAUCAACGCCGUGCCCGUGGGCACCUUUCUGGUCCAAUGGGAUGAUGACGAUUGGCACGCUCCGUCAUACCUUAGCAUGCAGCUCGCCGACUUGUACAAAAAGGAUGCCGAUGUGAGCAUCGUAUCCAAGCAGACUCGCUUCUUCGUGCUCUUGAAUAGCAGUUACAUCUAUACCCCCUUGCUUGUUAAUGUUGUUGUCGACCCCGGCCCCAGUUCACGGUCCGCGCUUCACCCCCGGUUCCCGCGCGCAGUUGACCGUGGUAUCGAAGGCAGUGUCCUAGCUUUCAAGUCACCCCAAUACGCCCACGUCAAGUAUCCCGACAAGGCCAAAGGGGAAGACUCAACCUACCUUUCAAAUGUACGCAGGGCCGGCCUUCGCGUCACGCCCUGGUCCAACCCCUUCUGGGCCUACUUUCGACUUUACCACGGAGCCAACACCUGGAGCGGCCAGCACUACGGCAUUCAUCACAUCAAAGGCGAGGGGAUUUGGUGUCACAUUUUCCACGGCCCCGACGAUGUUGAGCGUGGCUGCACAGACCCCGUCCUCCUCGACUAUCAUUACACCAUCAGUAAGACUUAUGCUCCCUGGAAAAGCAUCUUCGAUCAAGUCGAUCGUGAGCGACGCCAUGCCGAAAUCUUGAAUAGCACAGGCUAG